AGAAGUAGCAGGAGAGGAGUGAAAUUGGCCUCCCUUAACAUUGAGGGGGAGUCCUCCUUUUAUAGGGGAGGAGGGGAAGCAUAUUCGGGGAAUAUUCUCUUAUUCCUCCAUUUUAUUAAACAAGUCCGGUUUGACUGUUUUUCGAAAAUAAUUGGGAAAUGUGGGCCGAGCCACGUAUUAUUUCCCAUCAGGCUCAAUGCUAAAUUGCUUUAUGUAAUCUUUGUACUUUGAUGAAUGCAGGUUGCAAAUGGAGAAUAUCCUAUUUUUGCUUUGCACGGAUUGGGCCGGGUCACUACCUAAUUAAUGGGCCUAUCAUAUGAUGGAGAGGCUGGAAAAUGAGUGUCAAAGCUUACGCCGUACGCCAGCCGCAAGGUUCUUCUGGAGUCCGCUGCAAUAAGCUCCAAAUUUACGUUGUACGCUUCCGGGAAAAAACCUACGCCCUACGCUCCGAAAAUUUUCUACAAAGCGUACACCUGAUUCUUUUCAGAUCUUCGCUGCUUCAACAUAGACGUGGUGGCUGCUGUCCUCUUCGACCGGAGUGCACCGCAAGGUUCUUCUGGAUCUAGGGUUUCAUCCGUUCGAUGGUCUCUAUGUCCUUUGAGUUUAGCGACGAUUGUUUUAAAUGAUCAUUUGAAGACUGGAGAAAGGCAACAUUGUAGACGAUUUCGUUAGAGUGCCAUCAAAGUAGAGAGCCAUUGACUUGCUAUUCCUUAUUUUUUUCGCCAAUAUUUUAUGGUGGAGCUUUUUAGGGUGUGUCCAAACUUUGUAGCUUUAUUUGAACCAAUUGAAUGUUGCAUUUUGUUUUUAAUCUUCUGUUGUUGAAGGCAUGCAUUGUUUCAUGUUUGGGAUUGUUUAGUUAUUAAACAUUGGAUUAAAAU